AUGAGCUGAACGGCGGUUUCACUUCCAAGCCAUGAGGAUCAGCAGCUCCAAAGAUGCCAUGGCAGCCGAGGUGUUGGAAAGGCGACAGCACCACAAUGACAGAGAUAAAUUCAUGGGGCAUUACUUGCAAAAACUAAAAGAUAAACCCUAUCAAUAUGGAAAAAUAGUAUUUCCACAUGAUCAAGCAACUUGAGGGAAUAUUUCGAGAAACACCGCGAAGGAGCAGAAUUUCGCCAUGCUGAUUAUAGGCAUAAUGAUGAUUAUUGCGAAGAAUGGACGUGGAUGCACAAGCCAACUGGGAUCCAAGUGUGGCGCGAUGCCAUUGACCUGACCUCAGGUGAUGGUCAGCAAGUGUUUUUUCAUUACACCAGCGAACUUGCCUUCGGAAACAUCACCCAUCCCAGCAAGGAAGCAGCUGAAAUUUGGGCAUCUUUGAGAACCGAAGGCAAUGCCUGGUGGGGCAAGGGGAUCUAUACAGUCCCAUUGCCUCGUGACCAGUGGGAAAGUCGUGAGCAGCUGCUAGACAAUAAUUUCCGCAACAUGAUGCAGAGAGACAGAGACAGCGAUGAUCCACAGAAAGGUCCAGCAUAUGUAGAUAGAGAAUAUCCCAAGAGGGCAGCCUUUUGUGUCCCAAUCCUCAUCGAUCCUGCGAAUGCCUUCGAUGUCUCCAUCAGAGCCACUCCAGAAAUGGAGGCAGCAGGGAAGGAACCAGGCAGGAAUCUUGCGAACAAACUCUUGAACGAGCCGGGCAAGCCUCCUCGCUCUUGCGUGGUGCUCCGAGUAUCUGGUGAAGACGGUGUCCAACAUGCCCGUGCACAGUUGCUGAAUACCCUGCGCCAGCGUGUGCGCCUCGCACCUGCAAACCUGGACGCUAAGUGGAGGCUCGCUGAGGCACUACGACUGCGUGGCUUCUAUCAGGAGGCGUUGCCUGUGGCUCAGGAAAUGGUGGCACUUUGCGAGUCAACAUAUGGUCUUGAGAGCCAUUAUGGUUUCGUAAGUCGCCACAGGCUGGCUCUCAUUCUGAUGGACAUGGGCAACUUGCGGGAAGCUGAAAAGAUUGAUCGAGAAAUCCUCGAUGCCUACUUGAAAGCUUUUGGUCCUGAGCAUCAACUUACGGUCUUCUCUAUGGCCAAUUUGGCGGUACUUUUUUCAAAAAUGCAGGGUCGUGAAGGUGAAGCUGCUGAGUUGUAUCGCAAGGUUGUAGCCUUCAGAGAAAAGCAAUUGGGUCCUAGCCAUCUUGAUACUGUGCACACGAUGACUAACUUGGCUAUCACUCUGAAUGACAUGGACAAUCAUCAGGAAGCAAUCGAAUUGCACCACAGGGCUUUGGAGGUCAGAGAAGAGACAUUGGGUCCCGAGCAUCCUGAGACUUUGCAGUCUGUUAGCCACUUGGCACUCGCACUGCAUGGCAGAGGUGAUCUGGGAGAAGCCUUGACGCUGCAAAGGCGUGCUUUAGAAGCCAGAGAAAGACUUCUCGGUUCUCAACCCCCCAGUACCUGCAGGUCGUUGGAGCGAUUUACGUCAAUACUUCUUGACAUGAUCAACAAGAGGGUGGAGGUCCUGAGGUGCCCAAUGAAGUGGUAGAGCUGUGCUGCGACUCUGGGGCCUCAAGAUCCAGAUACCAUGGAAGCCACGGCUGCUCUGGGCAUCACGAGCCUGACCGGGGCUCGCAACUACCGUGAAGCGGUUGGGUUGCUUCGUCAGGUCUUAGAAACCAGAGCGAAGGAGCUAGGAGUUAAUCAUCCUACUACUUUGCACAUGGUCACCAUCUUAGGCUUUGCCCUGGGAGAAAUGGGUCAUUUCAGUGACACAAACUUGCACCGCAGGGCUUUGGAGGCGAGAGAAAAGCUCAAUGGCCCCACUUAGAUUUGUAAAGACCAUGUGCGAAUGUCCUUCUGGGUACUGCUAAAUGGCUGUGCCAAGCAUGGCCGUGGGGAG